AGCUCAUUGCGUGCUGUGGGCUGUGGUGCUUCGACCUUCGACCCCUCAGUGCGAGGACUCAGCUCAGGACUAUAUUUGCUCGGCUGCCCCUCAACACAAGCUCUUCCUCCUCUCCCAUCACUCUCCACCUGCAAUUUCUUUCUUCCUCCACCCCCGAACGCCUCCAACCCGUUACCAACAACACCAUGCCUAUCGAUGAACCCCCACCAUCCAACAUCCACAACUGCACCCCUCACCAUUUUGGUCUCCCCGACCAAGGAGCGGGACCUGACCUGACGUAGCCAGAAUACCUAGGUACUUGACCUACCUAGGUACUUGACCUACCUAGGUAAGGUGGACUUCUUACUAACAUGGUGGGUUGAACCCACCGGUCUUGUUGCCAGCUCCAGCCGCCUGCAGCUGAGCACCAAACCGCCAUUUGUCAAUUUGUUGAAACUAGGCAUUAUGAUGCCACCAAACCUGGCCAACAGCUGCAUCCAAUGCUUCGUACGAGGCUUCAUGCCCCUGAUCGAACCAAACAUGUGGGUUGGCUUCGAGGCUCGGAGGUGGUAGAUGGUGGGUGUGGGGGUGUGCUGGCCUUCGUUUGGUCGUGGCUUCCCGUGUCGUUCCAGCUUGCCUCGAGCUAGCUUUUGCUUGCAGAUUCUGUAGGUCUGGAACUCGCAACUUUACUUAAAAUCACUCAGUGCCCUCACCAAAGUCCUCUUUAUCACGUUCAAUUGUUGGACCAUUCCCCACGACUAGAUUCACUGCCAAUCUGGAAUACGAUUGCCGGUUUGAACGGACGGAUAGAAGCAUUACUUGGAAUACAGACUGCUUUCGCGGAAUUUACUACCUACAAAACUACUCCCAAUCGGAGCGAAGAAACUAUGUCGACGAAACCUAUUUUCGUGGCUACCCACCCACGGGCUUGCAGCACUGCUUUUGAACGGGUAAGCGUUGGAAACGUUGCACAUCUGCCCUCGCCAAUGACUAACGAGUCACUCGCAGGUUUUCAUGACCCGUCGUGAUAUUCUCACAUGCGUCCACGAACCAUUCGGAGAUGCUUUUUAUUUCGGCCCUGAGAGAUUGAGCGCCAGAUACGAAAACGACGAGAAGGCUAGAGAAGAGAGCGGCUUCAAAGACAGCACAUAUAAGACCAUAUUCGAAAGGAUUGAGAGAGAAGGAAAAGAGGUUCGACCCAGGCUUUACUAGAAUUAUCAAUCCAAGUAGCGAUCGUGUCUUUGGGAUCUGUCAUGAUGUUCGAAAACAAACAAAAGGGGCAAUGCCGGGUUUCCCACGGCGAGUGCUUCGGGUUAUGCUGGAAGUUUUUCUGCCUGCCCUAGUAUCUGUCCUUUGUACAUCCACCUGAUAUUGGACUGUUAUGAGGCAUGUCCCAACUCUCCAUGAUUGCAUAUCAAAUGAGAGCUUGGAAAUAAUACCGAUUGAAAACUUAUACUUUAUAGGGAAAACGUCUUUUUAUCAAGGAUAUCACUCACUAUCUUUCUCCGCCUGACGGAAAACUUGCAACCAUUGCUCCUUCGCUUGGAGGAAAAUCAGCCAAAAAGGGGGUGGGAACAAAUGGCGAGACAAAUGGAGCUGUGGGUGGGGUGUCGGAAAAUGGAGUCAAUGGUCACUCCAAUGGCGCCGCCAAUGGACACGCCAAUGGAACCAAUGGCAAAACCAAGGCACCCUACCCAUACGACACGGCUCCUGAGCCAGGAAAUCCUACAGUCGUGCCCGCUGAGAUCUUGAAACAAUUUCACUUUACAUUCCUUAUUCGGCACCCUCGUUACAGUAUCCCAUCAUACUAUCGUUGCACCAUUCCUCCAUUGGACAAGGUUACCGGAUUUCAUGACUUCAUGCCAUCUGAAGCCGGAUACGAUGAACUUCGACGUGUGUUUGAUUUUCUCAAGGCUGAAAAUCAAGUGGGACCAACUCUUGCCGGUGGAGAAAAGAUCAUAAAGGAAGGAGAAGUUACAAUUACCGUAAUCGAUGCAGAUGAUCUUCUGGAUGAUCCAGAAGGAAUCAUCUCUGCGUAUUGUAAGGAAGUUGGUAUUGAAUACUCGCCUAAAAUGUUGAUUUGGGACACUGAAGAGGAUCAUGAAAGAGCUAGAGAAGCUUUUGAGAAGUGGACAGGUUUUCAUGACGAUGCUAUCAAAAGUAACUCUCUUAAGCCUAGAAGUGCUGCUCAUGUAAGUUUUUUUUCCCCAUUUUUCCAAUUCUUCUUGCGCAACGCCAAUGUCUUAAUGGCAGCGAGGGAAAUUUGAAUCGCAACUAACCAACCCUAUAAGAAGAAGAAGGAUAAACCCGUCGAUCUCGAAAAUGAGGAAUGGAAGCAGAAAUAUGGUGAAACGGGACAGAAGAUCAUCCGAGAGACGGUGGAUGCUAAUCUCGCCGAUUAUGAAUACUUGGAAUCCUUUGCGAUUAAGGUUUAGAUUUAGAGUCCCUGUUGCUUGUGGCGUUUUGGUACAAAACACCAAGCUGCUGAGAAUGGUAUAUGUAGACUUGGACUUGAUGAUUUGUUGGAGGGAUGGAAGGAUUUGGAAUGGUACAGUACAGUAUAUGGACUUACGGUUGACAUCAGUAGACUGGGGAUCAUGGAACUGGGAAUUACAAAUAUGGGAAGUGGGAGGAGUAUGAAUGAAUGUUGAUGAGUGAUGAGUCUUUUUUAGUUUAGUUUUUUUUCAUUGGGUCGUAGUAGUGGCCCUUUAUUGUUAUAUGUGUUUCUUUGGGUAUAUGUGUAGAAGAAUGUUAAAUAAUUAUGUUUACUGAGGACUUGAGAUGUUAUG